GUAGUAGUAGGAGUAGAGCGGUUCAGUAUCCAAAAAAUGAGAGCGCUAUGUUGGAACGUUUCUGUAUUGACAGCAAGAAAUACGAGUUGUCCUCUUAUCCAUUCAUACUGUAACUCUUCCUUUCCCGGUGGCGAUAAUGGGCGUUUCCGGCUACGCGUCACCACUAGAAACAGCAAGUCCGGCGAGGAAGAAGUUGAAAAAGCCUCUGGGACUAUGAGAAUGAGGAGGUCUAAAGGUGUUGUGGAAGAAGAAAAUGAGGAUUCGUCCACGUUGUUAUCUCUAAGUAUGAAACCAGACAGAACCAUGGCUUUACUAGAUGAUUAUGAAAUGGAGGAGCUUGAUUUUGUUCCCCAAAAUUCUAAUCAUCGCAGUGGAUAUGUGGCUGUGCUUGGGAAGCCGAAUGUUGGGAAAAGUACACUUUCCAAUCAAAUGGUUGGGCAGAAACUGUCGAUUGUUACUGAUAAACCUCAAACUACUCGUCAUCGAGUUCUUGGUAUAUGUUCUGGUCCAGAGCAUCAGAUGAUUCUUUAUGAUACUCCCGGUGUCAUAGAAAAGAAAAUGCACAAGUUAGAUUCAAUGAUGAUGAAGAAUGUCCGGAGUGCAGCUGUUAAUGCGGACUGUGUGCUUGUUGUUGUAGACGCUUGUAAGGUUCCUGGAAAGAUAGAUGAAGUGCUGGAAGAGGGCGUUGGAGACCUAAAGUACAAAGUACCGACAUUGUUAGUCUUGAAUAAGAAGGACCUGAUCAAACCUGGUGAAAUUGCAAAGAGACUUGAGUGGUACGAGAAAUUUACGGACGUUGAUGAGGUCAUACCCGUAAGUGCAAAGUAUGGUCAUGGAGUAGAAGAUGUCAAAGACUGGAUAUUAUCUAAACUUCCUCUUGGGCCUGCUUAUUAUCCAAAGGACAUUGCUAGUGAGCAUCCUGAAAGAUUUUUUGUGGCUGAAAUUGUCAGAGAGAAGAUAUUUCUGCAAUACCGAAAUGAAGUUCCUUAUGCAUGCCAGGUUAAUGUAGUUAGUUACAAGACUAGACCAAAUGCAAAAGACUUCAUUCAAGUCGAAGUUAUAGUGGAGAAAAACACUCAAAAGAUCAUCCUUAUUGGGAAGGAAGGGAAGGCUUUAAAGCUUCUUGCCACAGCUGCAAGGCUUGACAUAGAAGAUUUCCUACAAAAGAGAGUUUUUCUGGAGGUUGAGGUGAAGGUGAAAGAGAACUGGAGGCAAAAUGAAGGUCUCCUGAAGGACUAUGGAUACGGGGGCCAAAUUAAAGCUUUGUGAUUUCAAAAUUCUGCUUUGAACUACUAUGCAAAGAAUGUGAAUGAUGAUCAGUAGAUCUUGAUGCUCCAUGAUGAACUAGCUAUAAUUUCUGUAAAUGUUUCCCAAAGUACAACAGGCUAAGUAGGCAAACGGGAUCUUGUGAAAAUUCUUGAUAUCAGGAUCAGAUAUCACAAAUAUCCUUGCGGAGAGGUCAUGCUGUGAAUGCAUCAGAUCUUAUCUCAGCACUGCCAAUCUGAUUUCUAGUUAAAUGUAGUUGUCGCUUGAGGAUGCUGUUGAAGGGAGGAAGAAUCUGACAGAAGAUGCCCACUCAGCAAGUUAACCUUGGGCGUAUGUCGUCUUCUGUCUUUACUGCUCAAAUGUUUAACUAAUAUUGCAAUGUUGGUGUUCGAGAGUAACAUAAUUGCUGAUGUGAAUGGGAAAAAGUUAUAAAGUGUGUGGAUUGCUUCAUUUCCAGGCGGGAACUGAUUGACAUCACUGCAAAACAUGUUUUUGUGCACAAAAUGUUUUGUAAAUUUUAUUUUGCAGCAGAGAUUUUUGUAGGAAAUAGCCUUCAGCUGUCACAGGAAUGAUAUAUUGUUUUGACAUUUCCAAAAUUUUUAUACAGAUGUAUUUAGUUUAUGGUGUC